CUGAACAUUGUGAAAGUUAUCUAAUCUUUCUUCAUGGAGGAUGUCUUCUUGUAAUCCUGGCCAGGGCUGUGAGAAUGGUUGUAUCGAAAUCAUGGACAAUGGUGAGGCACUUUGAAGGCGUUCCUAAACUGGAGGACUUCAAACUUGUUGAGAAGGAGUUGCAACCACUUAAAGAUGGAGAGGUAUUGCUGGAAUCUGUAUUUUGGAGUGUAGAUCCAUACAUGAGACCAUACAGUAGAAGCCUAAAAGAAGGUGAUGUUAUAAUGGGAAGUCAGGUUGCCAGGGUGGUGGAAAGCAAAAACCCUUCCUUUGCUGUCGGAGAUUAUUAUGUUGCCCAAUCAGGGUGGACAACACACUUCAUAUCAGAUGGUAAAAAACUCCGUGCUUUACCAUCCAAUUGGCCUGAAUCGCUGCCAAGAUCACUGGCACUUGGAACUGUUGGCAUGCCUGGAGUAACAGCAUACAUUGGUCUUAAACAAAUCUGUAAUCCAAAGCCAGGCGAAGUGCUUCUCGUGAACUCUGCAGCUGGUGCUGUUGGCACAAUUGUAGGCCAAAUUGCUAAGAUCAAGGGCUGUAAAGUAGUUGGAUCUACUGGGUCAGAAGAAAAAGUUGCAUACUUAAAGGAAAUUGGUUUUGAUGAAGCUUUUAACUACAAGACAGUGACAUCUUUGGAUGAAGCUCUGAAGAAAGCAUCACCAGAAGGCUAUGACUGCUAUUUUGAACAUGUUGGGGGAAAGUUUGCAGAUGCAGUCCUGCAGCAAAUGAAGGACUUUGGAAGAAUAGCGGUUUGUGGAUGCAUCUCAUCAUACAAUGAUGCCACUCCUCAAACAGGGCCUUAUGUUCAGCCACUUAUUCUCUUUAAACAACUGCGCAUGGAAGGAUUUCUAAUCUUUCACUAUGAAGAUAAACCCAUAUAUGAAGAAGCACAGAAGCAACUCCUAGAGUGGAUUUUAGAGGGCAAGGUGAAAUAUCAUGAACACGUCACCAAUGGUUUUGAGAACAUGCCGGCUGGAUUCAUCGGAAUGCUGAAUGGAGAGAACACUGGAAAAGCAAUUAUUAAAGCUUAAGCUAAGAAGACUUUCAGUGCUGCACUAAUUUAUGUGAAGGGCCCUACCAGCCCUUUCUAGUCCGUGAGAUGAAUACUAUUUCUUAAAGGGGUUGUCCAGCCAAAACGUUCUUAUUAGCCCCUUCAUGACCUGGGGUUUUUCCAUUUUUGCACUUUCGUGUUUUCCUCCUUACCUUUAAAAAAUAACUCUUUCAAUUUUGCACCUAAAAAUCCAUAUGAUGGCUUAUUUUUUGCACCUCCAAUUCUACUUUGUAAUGACAGUCAUUUCACCCAAAUAUCUACGGCAAAAUGAAAAAAAAAAUCAUUGUGCGACAAAAUGAAAAAACACAAUUUCUUUACUUUUGGGGGCUUCGGUUUCUACGCAGUACAUUUUUCGGUAAAAAAUGACCUUAUCUUUAUUCUGUAGGUCCAUGCGAUUAAAAUGAUGCCCUACUUAUAUAGGUGUGAUUUUGUCGUACUUCUGGAAAAAAUCAUAACUACAUGCAGGAAAAUGUAUAUGUUCAAAAUUGCCAUUUUCUGACCCCUAUAACUUUUUAUGUGAUAAUUUUUUGCGCACAAUUUGCGUACAAUUUUUGUAUUGAUUGGUCUUUUUGAUCGCUUUUUGUAAAUUUUUUCAUGAUAUAUAAAGUGACCAAAAAUACGCUAUUUUGAACUUGCGGUUUAAUUAACUAUAUAUUUUUAUAAUUCGGACAUUUCCGCACUCGGCGAUACCACAUAUUUUAAUUUUUAUUUACAGUUUUUUUUUUUUAUGGGAAAAUGGGGGUGAUUCAAUUAGGGAAGGGGUUAAAUGAUCUUUAUUAACUUUUUUUCCCACUUUUUUUUCAAUGUUAAAGCUCCCAUAGGGGACUAUAACAUGUAGUACAUUGAUUUCUCAUACUGUUCAAUGCUAUGCCAUAGCAUAGCAUAGAUCAGUGUUUCUGCUGCUUAACUGCUCAUGCCUGGAUCUCAGGCACUGAGCAGUCAUUCGGCGAUCGGACAUGGCACCUCCUCAUGUCCUUCAGCUGCUCGGGACGCCGUGAUUUCGCUGAACAGCCCACUGAGCUAACCAGCACUUAAUAGCUUUCACUUUAGACGCAGCAAUCACCUUUGAACGCUAAUAUCAUUGCCACGGGUCCUGGCCGUUGCUACGUGCCGGGCUUGACUCGCUAUGACGAUGUUUGGCAAUUCGGUGACAUGACAUUGUAUGACCGCCCAUCCAGUCAGCGGCUACAACGUUGUUUUGCCUCAACCACUGAUAGGAUGUCAUACGCCUGCUCAGCCAAUCACUAAUUACAACAAGAAACCCCACUGAAGAGUUAAAAAAAAUCCUCCAACAUCAUAUGUCUGUAAUAGAAUAAAAAAAUGUUUUAUCAGGUCAGUACAAAAACAAAAAAUUAUAACUAGAAAUGGUCUCUUAUUUUUGUUCCUGGUCAAGUUCAGUAGAAGAGCAAGUACUUUUUUUUUUUUUUUGGGUACACAGUACAAUUAAUGUAACCACUGUUCAGAUGAUCCACUAAUGAAGGGAUUAUGAUCAAUAUAAAACAGUGCUGUCCACUGAUAAUACCCUUAACUUUUUAAUCUUGGGUGGUUUUUGCAUCCCAUAUAAUGACUUCUGUGGGUUUAUUCACCCCCCCCCCCCCAUCCAGGUUUAUUCAAUAGGACAACAGUUUUUAUCCUCCUCGCAAGGACAUUAUUGUUAAUAUUAUACAAUCUUUGGUUAUAUACACUUGGUUAAAUGUUAAUAAACACU